AUGACUAAUGGUUUUGUACAUAAUAAAGCCGGAACUUUAUCUCCUAAACUUUCUCGAAUAUUCCAAUUUAACAGUAAAGUAUGCACUCCCAGUACAAUCAGGCUUUUGGGAUUAAUAUGUCUCAACGUUGCUUUAGGCAUACCGUUGAGUGUCCUUGGAGUUGUGGUCAACAUUUUAAACCUGCUGGUCUUGUCACGACACAACCUGAAGGAAACCACCAGCAUAAUGUUGCUGUCUCUGUCUUCGCUGGAUCUUUUUUAUUCUUUCACGUCGAUUUUUGUACGCCUACCUAGUCUGAUUAAACAUAUUGAUCCUUAUUUCGCUUUAACGCUUGAAACUUUUAUAACGUUGGUUAUCGGAAUGCCCAACUCUGUGUGUUUUGUCAUCACAAUUUUCCACGUCACAGCUAUAGGAGUUGAAAGAGCCAUCGCCGUGUUAUUUCCCUUUCACGUAUCUCGUAUAUUCACACCUUACAGAGUCAAAUGGAUGUUGCUUGGUUUAUACCUGUUCGGGUCUGUUCCUGUUUGGCCUUACUACUACCGUUUUACUUACAGAUGGGUGUUUGUUCCAACUGUGAGUAAGACCGUUGCCGUUGUCAUACCAACAGAUUUUUAUUUCAACAAUAAGCAAGUUAUUGAUGACUAUGUGAAUUAUUUUGUAAACAACACGACGACCACAGUGCCAAUCAUCUUAAUCUUUAUCUGUUCAAGUCUGAUUAUUUUUCAACUUAAUCGCAUAAAGACUCACGAACUGUCAAACAAAACAUCCAAACAGAAAAAGGAGCUAAAAGUCGUAAAGAUGUUGUUGGUUAUUUGUCUCGUCAGCUUCAUGGUGUUGGUACCGGAGUACGUCCUCCACAGUUACCUGGCGUAUUACCUAGGCAAGCUGUCCUGGAAUUUUUACUGUUUGGUUUCGUUCCUGGUCCCUGUCAUGUACCAGGUCAACGCCUGCGUCAACUUCUUCAUCUACAUCACGAUGAGUUCUAAGUUUGCCGAGACUUACAAGUCUCUCGUACGACGUGGUCGAAAAUGUUGA